GUGGGAGAUUCGAAGUAGGAGAGGUGUAGUAAAUAGUUUCUCUCUCUCUCUCCCCCCUCCCCCCUCCGCCGCGGCAAACUCGCACGAUUUGUGACGUAUUGAAGUACAAACCCGGCCGAAUGCGGCUGUUGCGGGUGUAAGUUCGCCUCUCAGCGUUGUAAAGUCCCAGUCGGGGUUUUUGUAGCGUCGAGUCAGGCUGAGACUGCUAGCACCUAAUAAGCUAGCUAGCGUGUGUCUGAUCACGUCCCCUGUCGUUUAGCCGAUGUAGAGGAUGGCCACCCCGAGCAAGACCCCACCUGGAGCCGACCCCAAACAGCUGGAGCGGACUGGGACGGUUCGAGAGAUCGGUUCCCAGGCGGUGUGGUCCCUGUCCUCAUGUAAACCCGGGUUUGGAGUGGAUCAGCUUAGGGAUGACAACUUGGAAACUUACUGGCAGUCAGACGGCUCCCAACCUCACCUGGUCAACAUCCAAUUCAGGAGGAAGACGACGGUGAAGAUGUUGUGUAUCUAUGCGGAUUAUAAGUCAGAUGAAAGCUACACUCCCAGUAAGAUAUCGGUCAGGGUGGGCAACAACUUUCACAACCUGCAGGAGAUCAGGAGUCUCCUCCUCUCUCCUUUCUUCUUACAGCAGUUGGAGAUGGUGGAGCCCAGUGGUUGGAUCCACAUCUCUUUACUGGAUCAGGUGAACAGCCCGGUCCGGACCUUCAUGAUCCAGAUUGCUGUUCUGGCAAACCAUCAGAAUGGCAGAGACACACACAUGCGGCAGAUCAAAGUCUACACACCUGUGGAGGAGAGCUCCAUCGGCAAGUUCCCACGAUGCACCACGGUAGACUUCAUGAUGUACAGAACCAUCAGGUGACCUGGGCUGAACUCUCCUCACUGUCACCCUGUAACGCGGACCAGACUGGACCGGAUCCGCUGUGACUUGAGAUGUGCCUGCACAUUGUUAAUGACAGUAAAUAGAAUAGAGUUGAAAAGUCUGGAAGUGUUGAAACGUAACCUCUUGUUCUGUCUGCCUCAUCAGUGUAGAAACAUAUGGGAGGAGUGUUGUGUAUUCAGAUAUAUAAGGUUGCUGUUCUCACUGUUGUUUCACAAUUUGGGAUGACUAAAAGACUUCUACAUGAUUUGACCCUUUGGGAAAAAAUGUGUUUUCUGUACAAAUGUUUCCGUAUGUAAGUAAAGGACAUUGUGAACUGUCAUUAAAGU